CAUCAACCUGCGGCUCAUCCUGCUUUUCCAUUGGCCUUUUAUUCCACUGACAGGCGGCUAUUCCUGAACUCGCUUUAAUCGCAUCUAUUCCGCGUCUCCCGCGAUACGAUCGGAAGCGACAGAGUUAAUUCCGCUCUUUUCCACACGCAGACGUCUGUUUAGCUCGGAAUUAGACCGUGGUUUAUUGGUAGACGGUCGGUUGCGCUCUAAUUCAAUCAGCAGAGAUCGUGCGGGAGGUGGGGCCACCGAACAGAACAGCGCGCAUCACACCAUUAUUUUACUGUAAGUGCAUCCAAGAAACAUGAGCGAUUCAGAGAAACAAACAGUCUCCCUUAAAGACAAGGAUGGAGUGGAGAAAAGGGGACAAGGAAGACCAAGGAAACACCCAAAGGAAUUGAGUGGGUUGCCAGCUGCGAAAAGACCAAGAGGUCGGCCAAAAGGCAGCAAAAACAAAGGCUCAUCCAAGAAAAAAUCGUCGGCUUCUGGCAGCAAACCGAAGGGAAAGCCGAAGAAAGAGGAAAAGGAAAAACCUCAGGACUCAUCUGAGGAUGCUGAGGAAGAUGAUGAAGAGGAGCAGUAACAAUCUAACCGGAGCACUACCUCAUACCCAAACAAACAAACAAACCAACCGUCUGCUCUCCAACCUGUGAAUAACAUGGAAUGUCAUUCACGUCUUUCUACAACCACAAAAGGACAGUAAUAGAUGUAAUAUUCUGCAUAAUACAUGAGUUUUAUGUCAUUAGAUAAAAUAUACUGUAGACACCAGAAUCACACUGCAUACAAAUGUCAUGUGUUUCCUGUUACCUUUAUUAUAUAUCUAUUGGACUGAGGUGCUUUUCUACUUACGCUUUGUUUGUAGUUCUGUUUAGUAAUUUUUGUGUCCAUAUUGUAGACUAGAUUUAGAUCAAGCUAUAAUUUAGUGUGUAACAUCAUGGGCUUAAUAGUUCUCAUAGAAUGCAUUCAUUUUGAAUAUAGCUGUUUACAGUUUACAGAAUAACAGUUUACUAUAGGUUUUUUGUUAGUGUAUAAUACUGUGCAGCCAUUAGUGAAUAUUUGUUUCAAGGCAGGUUCUUAUAUUUUGUAAUCAAAUAUAAGUUACCCAGGCCAGAUGUUGAGGGAGCACAUACGAUUUAGUUUAAAGGAAUAGUUCACCCAAAAAUGAAACUUUGCUGGAAGUUUACUC